AUGAAAUACCCAGUGCCGUUCCGCACGGCUCUGCUAAAGACUGAGAGCUCGGAUGGUAGUUCAGGGCCAGAGGUUCCGUUGCUGCCAGCAACAUACCGGAGAAAUUAUAAAAUUGAGCCCGUCAGCAACAACAUCGGCGCGUUCUUGGAUAUCGAGCUGAAUGUCCGCCGACUGAACGAAGUCCACAAAUGGCUAUGGCUUGUGGGCCUUCCAAGCGCGCCGCGACCUCUUCAUUACCAAGUGGUCAAGAAACGGGAAAUUGUGGUGACGGAACAGUUGGAUCUGCAUCUUGUUUGGUCAUCAGCGCCUUCGUCGUCGAUUCUCCUCAAACCGCUGCCUCGCUUCCUUCUCUGCCCAAACUUCUGGGUCACGGAGAUCUGCCCACGUCGGCACCUGUACGAGACGGCACUGGGCUUCAUGCUGUCGUAUGUCGCGCUCAUCGAAAGGGAGGUUGACUACAAUCUAGCCAUCAACCACGGCCUCAUCCCUAAGGAGGUCACUUGGUCUGGGUGGCUGGCGCUCGUUGGCGAGGUCGUCUGCACCUCGGUACAGACGCAUACCAUCGAUGCGUCGGCUGCAUCGUCUGUAAGCUUGUUGGAGGACCGCCCUCGCGUCAACCAACGCUUCAACUACGGCGAAUUGCGACUCGGGCGGCUGAACUGGGUAUAUCGCUUGACCAUGGGCGAGUUGCGCGGGUACCUAAGCGGCUGCACCACGUAUGGAGCCUUCAUGCGUGACAACGUCAACAGUCUCAUCACGCUAUUCGCAUACACUACCAUCGUGCUCUCCGCGAUGCAGGUUGGGCUUUCGAUAGAGCCUCUCGCAAACGACUACUCGUUCGGCAUGGCGUCGUACGUCUUCUCCCUCUUUUCCAUCCUGGCUCCACUCGCAUGCAUUAUCGCUAUUCUUGGCGUUAUAGCCUUGAUGUUUGUCGUGAAUCUGGCGCGCACGCUGAGGAUUCGAGGGCAGAAGCGGCGUCAAGGUGUGAAGGUGUGA